AUGUUCGACCUAGCUAUGACCAGGUCAAAAAACAAACCAGUCCCUGAAGAGGCCAAGAGAGACUUGGAGAGAGCUGACCAGAAUACAAUCACGCUUAUUUCAAGAGCUGAGCUGACUGGUAAAAACAUGGAGAAGCAGAGGGUGCCCAGGAGCGAGGAAGAACAAGGAACAGUUGUAUUUUCAAUGCCCGAAAAACAUCAGGCCCUAAAGGAUAGAGUGGACUCAAUGAAACUUAAGCAAGAAAACAUGCUAGAUUAUGUUCAUAGAUUCUACGAGUCAGUUUUCUCACAGACUUCCCUAUCUAGAAACUUGGACACAAUUCGCAUAUUGCAAGCAAGGGCAUUAGCCAGCACCAUGUCACUGAUAACUGGACGCAAAGCAGAAGUACCAAAUUAUCGCUGUCGCAUUGUAAUUCCACUGGCUGCUGUGAUUGGUGAUGGGCCUCCUCAGAACUCCAUCCACAUGGCUCAGAUACUGUCACUGUAUGGUUAUCCUCAGGUUACGUAUUCUACCAAUCAAAAUGCCGAAAGUAGUAGCAGCCCAUCCUCAUCUACAUUUCUUGGGCUUGCUCAAGGUAUUAAAUUUUUUACUUUCUGUGUACUCCAUGUUUUGGCACAUUUUGGUUGGAGUUGGGUUGGCAUCCUGGCUGAAGAAAGUGAUUACGGCUCACAGUACAGCCACGGCAUAGAAGAACAGAUUUCCAGGUUUGGUGCUUGCCUUGCUUUUUCAGAAACCAUACCAGUAGCUUACAGCGAGAAGAGGACCCACCAAAUUAUAGACAUUAUUAAGAAAUCUACAGCAACUGUUGUUUUAGCAUUUUGCUAUGGAGAAAGCCUGCAGCCAGUAAUGGAACAGAUUGCAAGAAGCAACAUCACAGAGAAACUGUGGAUUGCUGUUGAUGGAUGGUUCUUCUCUGCUAUGUUUUCUAAAGGAAUAUUCUGGGAAACAUUAAACAAUACCAUUGGAGUUAUUAGCCACAGUGAAGAGAUACCUGGAUUUAAAGAUUACUUCACAUACAUCCACCCUUUUAGAUUUCCAAAUGAUAUUUUCAUUAAGGACUUUUGGGCAAAAAUGUUUAACUGUGAAUGGCAACAUUAUAGUAAAAAUCAGUCAGAUAUACCUUCUGAAACUGGACCGACUAUUUGCACAGGAGCAGAGAAAUUACUUGAACCCGGUGUUGAUUUUAUAAAUUAUAAUGUUUAUAAUUCGGUCAACAUUAUAGUACAAGCAUUACAGGAUCUGCAAAAAUGCAUACCAGGGAACGGGACAUUUAAAAACAGAACAUGUGCAGACAUGCAUCAGUAUGAACCAUGGCAGGCUCCCAUUUCUGUCUGCACUGAAAGUUGCUCUCCAGGAUACAGGAAAGCUGACCAGCGGGGACAACCAAAGUGCUGCUUCAUCUGUAUCCCCUGCUCAGAGGGUGAGAUCGCUAACCAGACUGAUUCAAUUGAAUGCCUAAGAUGCCUAGAUGAUCAUAUGUCUAAUGAAAGACGAGACAUGUGCCUUCAGAAGUCUGUGGAGUACCUCGCUUAUGAAGACCCCUUGGGUGCAGCACUUGCAAUCUUGGCCAUUCUUUUUGCACUGAUGCCUACAGCCAUUCUAAUAAUAUUUUCUCUUUACAAGGAAACCCCCAUUGUUAGAGCCAACAACCAAGAGAUCAGUUAUUUCCUUCUUGUUGGCCUGGUGUUGUGUUGCCUUUGUUCUUUGAUUUUCAUUGGCCAUCCAAAUACAAUGACUUGUGUAAUCCAGCAAACUGCCUUUGGGAUUGUAUUUGCAUUUUGUGUUGGCUGUGUGUUGGCAAAAACCAUUAUGGUGGUCAUAGCAUUUAAAGCUACAAAACCAAACAGCAGCCUGAGGAAAUGGGUUGGGCCUGCAUUACCUAUUACUGUCAUCUUCUGUUGUACACUGUCUCAGAUUAUUCUGUGCAUUGUCUGGGUACUGACAUCUCCUCCCUUUCCAGAAGCAAACAUGAAAUACCUGAGCACAAAAAUUAUAAUUCAGUGUAAUGAGGGUUCCAUUGUUGCUUUCUGGUGCAUGCUGGGAUAUAUGGGCUUGCUGUCUUGUGCUAGCUUUGUAACGGCCUUUCUAGCUAGAAAGUUACCUGAUAGUUUUAAUGAAGCUCAGUUCAUUACUUUUAGUAUGCUGGUGUUUGUCAGUGUCUGGAUCUCAUUCAUUCCUGCCUAUCUCAGCACAAAGGGGAAGUACAUGGUUGCUGUGGAGAUAUUUGCUAUUUUGUCUUCAAGUGCUGGUUUGCUCAGCUGUAUAUUUCUGCCAAAAUGUUACAUUAUUCUGUUGAGGCCUGAUAUGAAUACCAAAGAAUAUAUCAUGGGGAAAGGAGCCAACAGUAAUAAGACAACAAAACUAGUUGAGCAUUGA